AUGAAUAUUAUAAAUAGAGUAAAUAAAAAUGUAAUCUUUGAAUCCUUUGGUAUUAGAAAUAGAUCGAUUCAAUAUUGCUGGUUUUCAAGCAAUAGUAAGUUACAUUUUAAAAACAAUCCAAAUCAACAGAGACCGAUUCUGCCAAAUCAAACACAACUUGACAAUGAAGAAUUUUACAACGAUUCAGAAAAGUUCGAUGUACCAGUAUUGGAAUUCAUUCUCUUAAAAGGAAGUAAUGCUCUCGAUAAAGAUCCAGUAGUAGAAAUUCCAGAGAAAAAACAUAAAAGAUCUCCAAAAGAAAAGACUAGAGAUAGUUCUCUUAUUGAUUAG